GUGGUCAGUGACAUGUUAAUGAAAGCACAGACCAUUUUACAUUUUGAACAGAAGUGCCUCUUUGAACUAUAAGCCAGGCCCAUAAUCAUUCAGACUUUUCAGUAUCACAGUCAAUGUUUCUGCUUAUUGUUUGCUGUCGUCCAGUCGAAGUCUAGGUAUUGGACCCCCAGUAGCUCAGACAGAUGACCGUGAGUGUGAUUAGUGGGAGUUAGUGCACAUUCAGCAAAUUUUAUUUCACAUUGCUGCUCAUCUGCAAAGACUGUUAUAUUCUGUUCCUUGAAAUGUUUUAUUUCAUUCUAUCAAUAUUUGCAAAUUAUUACAAAAUAGUUCUUAAACGGUUUUGCUCUUUUCCUCCCACAGAAAACAGACACCUGAGCGUAUUCUGGAAUUCUGUAAGAGCCGAACUUUAACAGGCUAACUGCACCUCACUUUGUCUGUGAUUAAUCUGGCAAAAGAUUAAGUAACGAAUGAAAGGUACUUCCGCCGAUUUGAUCUUGAACGUCCACAUAUUCGGAGCAGCUCCGUCAUUAUCGAAAGGGCCGUGGCGGUGACGAGAGCGGAAAUACGGUGAAAACAAGUGACAGUCAGGGUAAUAAUUGGUAGGAGGUGGGUGUCGCGUUUAGUGGAACCGGACAUUCUGUUCCUGUGAUGUGACAUUUUUAUUCCCCCCGCAGCUACGUUAUCCGAUGACCGCCAGUUCAGCGGUGUCAAAUGGACAACACUGCGACCAGCUCUGAGAAGAACUUAGCGAUAUUGUUUGUUAAUUAGUUGGAUAAUUGAAAUGAGCGGUUGUCUCUCUGCGCUGAUGAACUGCUCUCUGAACUUGGAAUGAGUUACCUCAUAAAUAAACGUGUUUGUGCAGCAACUUAACAUCAUCAGCAUGAAUCUGGAUUGCUCAACUAUGUAUUCGGAUCGUUGUAAUUAUUUCGAUCCAAUCCAGCAGAGGCGUGAUAAAGGAAUUCGGCAAACUUCACCGACCACAGGAUGAUGAAGCUUCCGGAGAUGGUGAGAAGUAAGAUCACAGACCUCCUCCUGCUCUCCAUCUCCGGAUCGGUACGGUUCUCCGCUUUGUUCUGUCCCCUCAACCCCUCACGGACACGACUAGUGACUAAAAUGUGCCUCACCAUCAGACCAUUGAACAGUAGUAUUAACACAUACGGGAGUAGCGGCGUCAGAACGGCCGUAAACCAUCUAAAUCCCACCCACCCGGGAUCUGUAUAGUAAGCAGAUUUUACAAUACAGUCCCAGGGUACAUCGUCAAUCACUUUCACUGGAUGAAAUUUGAAGAAGUAGGGAACGCUUUUAAAGCUUUGGAGCACGCCGGUUGUUGUCACAACCACAGCCGCAGUUUUCCCGGUGCAAUACUUAGCUUUCAGCUUCUGGCAACGUAUGGCGACAAACCGAUAAAAUGUGAAAAUGACACUGAACUAGUCAGAAAAUUGCAUCGCUGCUAAUCCCACGGCAUUGAUCACACUGCAUGGUGUAAUGUCCGGGAAAAUAGUUAUUACGGAUCCGCCACACUAUAACGUGAAAGAUGAUGGUCAGUAGAUCCGCCGUUGCCAUGGACACCAGGUAGCGGAUGGUGCAGGUAGGGAGGCCGCAUUUUCCCCUGGACAGAACACAAUCGCCACUAAAUCCAGUGGGGGAACAACAACAAUAUUGAGUUAAUUACCGUCUCGCAGGUCACUUUGUCUCAGGGCGGAAUAAAUGGAGAACUAUCAAACUGUGCAGACAACUCAAUUCUGGAGAUUUGAAAUGUGUAAAGCGCGAGUCGCAAAGCGCUAACUGUGUGCAUGCAUGGUGGGUGAAGUUGUACGACACUUAGGACUGAAAAAGGAACAUUGUUUGGGAAGGAGGCGUUGUCAGCUGAUCACGGAGGGCGCUCUGGAGAAUUCAAUAUAAAUCUCCCACCACUAGGUUUUUCAUUCAUGUCUAAAGCCUGGUUACCUCAGCAACCUUCGAUGGUGAUGGCCGUGUCCCGGACAUCCGCAUUCUGGCACUCUCAGCACAGAGCAAGGACGCGCUCCCUCCGCCUCUGUACAUUUACAGAGUUCGCAUUUCAAAACAGACUUAUUUUCCCCACUCGCAUGUCUUCGUCUCCUCCACUCCACUUAUGUCAGCCGACCACACGGACCCCGCUGGCUGGCUUCUUUUAGAUUUUGCAAAUAUUUUUGGACGAAUUCUUUCACAUUAUGUCAAAGUCUCCGAUCAGAAAGAUCUUAUUUUCGUGGUUAAAGUUUCUGUCUGAUCCACUGAACUGUUCGGGUAUUGUGCUCGUUGGCGCUGAAAGCAUCCAAAUUCCAAAGGAAAGACAACUUAGAUACUUCAAAAAUAUCUGAGCCUUUCAGGGAAUGCUCCACAUUACUGCACCACAAGUAUAAUUGUUUCAAUGCUUGUUGUCCCAAAGCGGAGAAUCGCAUGAACCGCUAGAUGGGUCCUUAACUCCCCCCUCACCUCACGGCCGGUAGGGACGUGGUACACUGAAAAACAGACAGCUAUUUGGAUUUUCAAAAUUGCCCACGGAUCGGAGUCUAACUCAGGAGUGAUGUCCACUUCUCUCUCCUUAAUGUCACCGGAGUUUCACUUCCCGAAUUCCAUUCAAACUUGGAUCAAUUUCUUAAAACGUAGCAAUACCUUGAGAUUUUAAUGUAAAACAUUUUCCACUUUUGAUGCGGAAUAAUACCAAGUAACCGGUAAAGAUGCCGAGCGCACUGGAGUAUCGGUGUUUACUCUGACAGCGGUUUAUCGUUGAUAAAUCAAAACUGCCUGCUAUGAAUCCACAAAAUGAUUCAUAUCCUCGAUCUCACUCUAAACAUCUGGUUCAGCUUCCGGUGUACUUUCAGCCGACGCUACGGAUUAAAUUGCAGGGAAUUUCUGAACGAGCACAGAGUUUUGUCACAGUGUCUCUACUGCAUUCACUGAUACAGCGGCAUCACAACGCUGUCGGUAAUUGAAUGCGCCCAAAAACUGUGGACAAAUGCUGAUUCUCCUGUGUUCUUACCGGGAACACUAAUAACGGCAACGAUCAUGUAAUAUAUCGUCCUCAUAGUGUAGAAUGUUUCAAACAUGCUGUGUGAGAUUCCGCCUGGACUCCAGCUGCCGCGAUUUCCCUGAAGACGCUCUGAGCUGAUGAGUCUCCACGGUCAUUCGUAUAUACUUGCUCCAACACACUGAACAUUCAAUAGUACACAUAGCUGGCGUGUCCUCCCGCAGCUGGGUUAAAAAUAAUUAUGAUGUCAUUCUUGUAAAUUCCCAAUUGUGAUGAAGCAUGGUUAGCUUGACACGACAUUGGAAAAUCUCGAAGACAAACAAAUGGUGUCACCUCUCAGUUUCAUGGUCGUUACUGUUUUCUUGUCCAUCCCUCGGCUCCAUAGACUUUGUCAUCAUAGACGGGGAGACUCUGUUGCGACUAGAACAGUUAAGAAUGGAGAGACAUAAGUUCAAGGCUGCAGAGCCAGAGAAACAGAGGGAAUUUGAGAGGGAGAUGCGGCGUCAAAAGUGUCAAGUGUCAGGCCGUGGUGGCGAGAGGGAGUAUCAAUUACUGUCAGUCAGGAAAUUAAGUUGGUACCUCCGUUUGCUGAAGGAGACUUUGAUAGGUACCUCCUACAUUUUGAGAAAGUGGCUCAGAACAGGAAGUGGCCGAGGGAGGACUGGGCAGUAUUGAUGCAAAGUUUGUUAAACGGGAAGGCGCAGCAAGCAUAUUCUGCCUUGUCUGUGACUGAGUCGACUACUUAUGAUGCUGUGAAGGAGGCUGUGCUUAAGGUCUGUGAAAUGGUGCCAGAGGUGUACCGACAGAAGUUUCGGGGUUUGAGGAAGUCUGGGAACCAGAUAUAUGUAAAGUUUGCCCGUGAAAAGGAGAGGUACUUUGAUCGGUGGUGUGCCUCGAAAGAGGUAGAGGAAGACUACCUCAAACUGAGACAGCUGAUGAUGAUCGAGGAAUUUAAAGAGUGUGUCCCUGGUGAGAUACGGACAUACUUAGAAGAGAAAGAGGUUGAGACUCUUUCCGCGGCUGCUAGGUUAGCAGAUGCGUUUGCCCUGACUCACAAGAUUAAGUUUUUCCCGAGCAAAGGUUAUCAGAAGAGUUACUGGGAUAAUCCACCAAGUAACACAGGAAACAAGGCAGGUAAAGAGGAGGGGAAACCAACCAAAGAUAAGUUUUCCAGUUUUACCUGUUACUACUGCAGGAAGUCUGGCCAUGUGGCGUCUAACUGUCUUAUUCGGAAGAAAGAAAUAGGAAAGGAGAAGGGGAAAACCCCCGACGCGUGUGCGCCGGCAGCUGAGACCACACGAAGGAAGGUGGGGUCUGGCCGAGUUCAGGAAGGGAUUGAGUGGUUUAUUAUCAAGGGUUUUGUGUCUGUGAAGGAGGGGUCACCCCUAGUUCCAGUGAGAAUCUGGCGCGAUAGUGUAGACUUUCAGUCACUGAUGUUAAGUGAUGUCUUAGAAUUUGGUAACGAGACAAAAACAGACUAAGUGAAUAUUCUGGAAGGUAUUGGCAAGGGAAUAGAGGUCGUGAUUUUGCGCAAAAUAAUUUUUAUAUGUGACUUAGUGUCUGGACCAGUUGAGAUAGGGAUACGACCUAAAUUACUGAUAGCUAACGUGGACGUCUUGUCGGGAAAUGACCUGGCAGGAAAAGAUGUACACCCAGGGUUACAGCUAACAAGCCGGCCUGCUGUUAGUGAGACAAGCGCAGACAGUGAACUUUAUCCCGCCCACAAGAAGCACGACAAUGAAGGCUGCAGAAGUGACCAAUGUAACUGCCUUCUCACAACAUUAGCCUUUGGAUUACAAACAUCUGGCAUGAAUUAACCUGUGCAUUUGAACUGAACUUUCUCAGGUACCAUUGUAAGACUGUUUCGCUUACCUCCAAAGUUUGAGGAAGUUUGGGGAUUUAUAUAUUUACACCUAUAUAUGCACAACACCGUUAACUCUCGAUUUACCUGAUUUAAGUUACUA